UAUCUUUCUACCCUGUAACAUUUUCUAUUAAUAAAGCCCUACUGAAGGGGAAGCAAACAGCGUUCGGUGUCGUUCAUUCGCGGGCGGGAGAGCGACAGCUGGUGCCGUGACUCGGGUACGCCGAACUGCUGGAGAGCGGCAGGCACCCCAGUAAAGGCAGCCACUGUCUGUGCUGUCUCCCUGGUUUGUGGAGAACGGUGAACUAGAACCAGAGCAGUGGAAACAUGUAGAGCGACAGCUGCGAAGCGCCGGGGAGUCGGCUGAGGUAAUGAGGCUAUGGCAGCCGGUCGACCAGGCGAUGCGUGACCCCACAGAAAGAGUAGGCGCGCUGCUCGAUGAGGGAAGUGAGCUGUUGGAGAAAGUACAGGAGGAAUCAUGGCGAGGCAGUCAGACAACAGUCGUGACAGUAGGAGGGACGGCGAGGAAAAGAAGGAAGAAUUAAGUGUGAGUCAGGAUCGGACAGAGGAAGAAUCAGAGGAUGAGCGGCCCCGGAAGGAGACGUCAAGUCUUUAUCCCAGCCUGACAAGGCUGGCGAAUUUAACGUCGCAGGACGAUCCACCCCCGCGAUAUCGCCCCCUAGCGUUGCCGAAGUCGCUACCAUUAAAUAAAGGUCCUUUUUUACCACAGCAGUAUGGGGAGGAAAAGUGCUCAGUUGCUUUCCUGGGAAGAUCAGGAAGGUAAUAAGGGUAAGGUACAAUCUUAUGUUUGUGCGGUUCCUAUUACCUUAUGGGGAAGAGAUGUUUUAGAACAACUAGGGAUAUUUUUAACCAAUGAAGGCCAAUUGGAGAUCUCUCCGGGAUGGAAGACUAUGAGCCAAAUGGGAUAUCACGGAGGAGGAUUGGGACCCAGAGGAGAGGGCAGGAAGGAGCCCUUGCAGGCUAGGGGCAAUCCUGGAAGACAGGGCCUGGGUUUUUCAUAGGGGUCACUGCGAAGCAGCGGCUACCGCUGACUUGGUUAAAUGAUAAGCCAGUGUGGAUACCGCAGUGGCCCCUUACCGAGGAAACGCUGGCUGCCAUACAUGAAAUAGUACAGCAACAAUUAGAGGCUGGUCAUCUGCAACCAUCAACCUCCCCAUGGAAUACGCCAAUAUUUGUAAUAAAGAAAAAGUCAGGAAAGUAUCGCCUAUUACAUGAUUUAAGAGCCAUUAAUAACCAGAUGCAACACAUGGGGGCUUUGCAACCAGGAUUACCAGUACCAACAGGAUUCCAAAAGAUUGGCCUUUAAUGGUGCUUGAUCUCAAAGACUGUUUUUUCAGCAUACCGCUGCACGAGCGGGAUACUCAGAGGUUUGCCUUUACUGUACCCGCCAUAAACCACCAGGGUCCAGAUAAAAGAUAUCAGUGGACAGUACUCCCCCAAGGCAUGGUCAAUAGUCCUACCAUAUGUCAACUAUAUGUAUCUCAGACUAUUGAACCUGUACGUCAACAGUGCUCAAGAGUUAAGAUUUUUCAUUACAUGGAUGACUUACUAAUAUCAGCACCUAGUGAGAGUCAAUUAAAUGAGGCAUACAAGCUGAUGGUGACAUGUUUAGAAGAUGCAGGAUUACAAAUAGCUCCUGAAAAGGUACAAAGAGAUACUGUAGUGUGCUAUUUGGGGCUUAGAUUGAUGCCGGAGAAGGUAGCACCCCUAGAAUUUACAAUAGCUACGGAAGGAUUGAAGACCUUAAACGAUUUUCAAAAACUGUGCGGUAAUUUGAAUUGGAUAAGACCCUAUUGCAAGCUAACUACUGAAGAGAUGAUGCCUUUAUUUAAGAUAUUAGAGGGAGACCCCCAACUUACCUCACCACGCGUGCUAACAGCAGAGGCUCGGCUAGUAUUACAGAAGGUGGAAGCACGGCUUAAGGCCACUCAGAUGGAGAGGUGCGAUUUAGCAAAACCCUUGGAGGUGCUGAUUUUUGUUGAACAAAUUUACCCCUUUGCAGUAAUUUGGCAGGGAGGCCCUUUAUUGUUUGUUUAUCUGCAUUCGCAUGUGCCUCACAUUUGGUAUACCCAGGGCUCUGCAGUGGCAGAUUUAAUAUUAACAACAAUAAAAAGGACCACUGAAAUUGCGGGAAAGGUUCCAACAAGGUGUGUAGUGCCCUUUAAUAGAGAUGCAAUGGAAGCUCUUAUAAGAGAAUGCUGGCAAUGGGCAUACAUAGCCCUUGUGCUGCAGGUAGAAAUAGACAAUCACUAUCCAUACCAUCCUUUCGUCACCUUUGUACACAUGUUUUAGUGACAAGGGUGCAAAAAGUGCGCAAAGAGCCAAUUGAAGGAGCCCCUACCGUAUUUACAGAUGGAGCCAAGGGAGGAACUGGAGCCGCUGUAAUUGGUAAUCAGCGGUACUUUGUGUUGGCUGCAUCCCCCUCUCCCCAGCAUGCAGAGUUAGCCAUUAUUGCAGUUGUUUUACGUAAAGAGAAUGGUCCAUUGAAUGUGUUAUCGGAUAGUGCUUAUGUGGUUAAUGCAGUGAAAUUGUUGGAUAAGGCUUGCAGUAUUUCCAGAUUGUCCACGAUAUAUGCCUAUUUAAAGGAAAUUCAAGAAUUGUUAAUACAGAGACAUCAUCCUAUAUUUAUAGGGCAUAUAAGAGCACAUUCGAAUCUACCUGGCCACUCAGCCGGGGCAAUAUGCUAGCUGAUCAUUACUCACGCUUUUUGCUUGCCUGCACCGUUGUUAAUCAAGCCAGAGAGUAUCAUUUUAAAUGGCAUGUGAAUAGCACCACUUUAAGUGUGAAGUAUAAUAUUGCCCGUAAGCAAGCCGAGGAUAUUAUAAAGUCUUGUGAAAGGUGCGUGAUUUCCAUAGCCCCCAAAAUUCCGGCAGGCGCCAACCCCCGCGGCCUUAAGCCGUGUCAUAUUUGGCAAAUGGAUGUUACUCAUAUUCCUUCUUUUGGACGGCAAAGUUGUGUUCAUGUGACAGUGGACACGUAUUCAGGCGUGGUUAUGGCCACAGCCCUGAAUAAUGAAGGAACACAACAAGUUAUUCAGCAUUGUUUACAAUCCUUUGCAGCCUGGGGGAUUCCUCAGAUUAUCAAAACAGAUAAUGGGCUGGCUUGCACGUCAGCACGUCAGCACGCUUUGCUAUGUUUUUGAAGGAAUUUGGUGUUAUGAAUAUUACCAGCAUUCCUUAUAACCCCCAAGGUCAAGCCAUUGUGGAACGAACCCAUUUGUAUUUAAAAAAUUUAAUUAAUAAACAAAAAGGGGGAAUAGGGGAGCUAGCUGUAUCCAAUAAGGAUGCAUUAGCCUUGGCCCUUUAUACCAUUAACUUUUUAAAUAAAAAACAAAAUGGCAAAACACCUGCUGAGAUGCAUACCCAAAUAGCCAGUGAGGAGUCAGUACAAUGGAUUAUGUGGAAAGAUCUGCAAGAUAAUAAAUGGAAAGGCCUGUUUCCUUUAAUCAGAAGGGUAUGAGGCGCAGUAUGUUUUUUUCCACAGGGUGCAUCCCAGCCAAUUUGGACCCCAGAGAGAAGGACUAAGUUGGUGAAUCAACCACCGGAAGAAGAUAAGGAUGAAGGACAGUUUGGGGAAGAGCAGCAAGUCGAAUAUGUGGACGUUGUUUUUGCACAGUCUAAGCAUCAGCUUGCACAAUAAUUACGGAGUGGAAGGAGCCGAGUUCCGGGGCCUGUUAAGAGCACUGCCCCUGCCAUUGUCAGUAACCAAUUCCUCUCCUUAUCUGCCCAAUGUGUUCGCAGGUAAUAGUACUUUAUCUAAAUAUAAUUUGCCAACAGUGCCAGCAAGAAAUGGAACUCAGCAGUUAAAUUUAACUAUAUCUUUGCCGGGAUCCCUAUGCUUUAGGAUUAUGAGUCGAGAAGACUGGAAUAACAUGGACAAUGAAACAAAGCCAUGCAUUUGUUUGGGCAAUCAAACAGUGGGAUAUUUUCAGGGGAAGAAUUAUGCCGGAAGGGUUGUGGGGUUUAGCUCUGGAUCUGUCCCUUAGAUAUGCCCAAAGCAGGAAUGCGGUAACAGCAGCUAUACAAUGCGUACUAUUUUAUCUGAGUGUGGAAACAAGGUGACUUGGCCACCAAAGUUUACCACUUGUCAAGCCACAUUCACCACAACACAGGUCGGUGUGGGAUUUUGGGUUUCUUCCAAAUUCACUUAUCAGGAUGAGUCUUUUGGCAGAUACAAUUGGACCUAUGCGAAUCCCCAGCAGUCAAUUUCCACCAACCCUUGGGAUCCAUGGAUUAUGUGCAACAGUGCUAGAGGCUGUAUGGACCUAUCACAUGGAUUCCUGUGCCCGCAACGGUUGAGGAAAGGGAUUUUGCAGUAUUGAUAAGAUCUCACCGGGAUUUUGGAAUAACCGCAGCAUUAGUUACCGCGGUAGCAGCCGCCACAGCCGCAGGUAUGGCUGCAGUAGCUGAACUGCAGUGGUCCUUGGCGGUGGUGUUCUUGGACGCAUGCUUUUAAGGUUCUCCCAAUGGCAGUGACAGGCGGAAGUCAUUUUGAAACAAGCAAUGAUCGCCAUGCACCAGCCAAGAGGCAACCCCGAAAUGUGGCUUAGCAUGCUGGAGCGGUAGUCAAAGAUGGGUAAGCACCUGCGGGCAACUCUAGUGACCUAAGACAGAGGACAGGACAUGCUUCCUGUAUCCUUGAUGACAGGUAAGCAGAGUAUGCGCCCCAGGGCACCUAGGACAGGCACGUAUCCAGGCCACUAAUAAAAAACAAAAAAGGGGGAACUGUGGGAGACAGGGCCCCUCUCUCACAAGAAGGCGCUGAGAAGAAGUGGAAAAAUGCGGAACUGAGAAUGGAGUGUUGCAAAUGCCGAAUGACUGGGAGCUGACCUUAUCAUCGAUUGGAGGAGAACUGCGUGCACACCACGUGGACUCAAACCUGAUUGGUCUGGUUGCUGCAUGAACUGAGGGACAAUUCUGAUAGGUGGAAAAGGACUAUAUAUGGAAGAGAAUACAGCGUAGAGCGCUCUUUUUCCCCCCUCUUUUCUAUCUUUCUACCCUAUAACAUUUUCUAUUAAUAAAGCCCUACUGAAGGGGAAGCAAA